AUGGCCGUCCCUUUCACUCUCUUUGUUGACAGAAACACAGGACACAUAUCCCUGAGAUACUUCACCCAAUCACACUGCACUCAUUUUGACCACUGCUCAGGUACCUCAUCAUCAUUCAUCCACUCACCAGACUCCUCUGCAGUCUCAGAACAUCUGGAAAAAUCCCACAGAAAACUGGCUCUGAAAUAUCAUCCCGACAAGAACCCUGACAAUCCAGAGGCUGCAGAAAAAUUUAAAGAGAUUAACAAUGCUCAUGCAACGCUGACUGAUCUCUCCAAGCGAAACAUAUAUGACAAGUAUGGAUCCUUGGGGCUCUACGUGGCAGAACAGUUUGGGGAGGAAAACGUUAACACGUACUUCAUGCUCUCUAGCUGGUGGGCAAAGGGUCUGUUUGCAGUCUGUGGCCUCCUGACGGGCUGCUACUUCUGCUGCUGCCUCUGCUGCUGCUUCAACUGCUGCUGUGGAAAGUGCAAACCCAAAGCACCCGAAGGGGAAGAACAGGAGUUCUGUGUGUCUCCAGAAGACUUGGAAGAGCAAAUUAAGAACGACAUGGAAAGAGAUGGAGAAACUCCCAUUGUGCUUCAGCCGACAAAUGCAACUGAAAAGACGCAGCUCAUAGGGGACAGCCAUCGGAGCUACCGCACAGACUCCUAGAGCCGGCACACACGGCCUGGUGGUGCUUCCCAGAGAGUGUCACAGCAAGGAAAAACGUGUGACAAGCUCUGCAGCCUGUUCCUGUAACUAACCAAGAGUAACCUCAGAGUAAUUUCCCGUCCAGGCAGAAUCUCCCUCUAGGCCACUUCAAGUAGUUUCAGAUCUACUCUCUGCAAAGAGAUGCCUACAGCCAGUGCAGAGCUCUCACUGGUUCAGACUGCCCUCUUGGCACCAUCUUCCCUCUGCAGUGCUCACCUUGGUGCAACUGC